UUAUUUUGCUUUUUUACUUUUAGGUCACUCAUCGUACAACUGGUGAGGUUAUGGUGCUGAAGAUGAAUCAGUUACGUGCAAAUCGACCAAAUAUGCUCAGGGAGGUGCAGCUGCUAAACAAACUAUCCCACCCGAAUAUAUUAAGUUUUAUGGGUGUGUGCGUACAAGAAGGCCAGCUGCAUGCGCUGACUGAGUACAUCGAAGGCGGUUCGCUGGAGCAGCUGCUGGCUAACCAAGAGGCCGUGCUGACUGCUGGAAUGAAAUUAAGACUGGCGCUGGGUAUAGCCAACGGUAUGGCGUAUGUGCAUGAUGCGGGCAUUUUCCAUCGCGAUUUAACAAGCAAAAAUGUGUUAAUUCGCAAUAUGCCUGAUGGGCAGUUUGAUGCAGUGGUAGGCGACUUUGGUUUGGCUGCAAAAAUACCAGAUAAGCACGGCAAAACACGCCUAGACACGGUUGGUUCACCAUAUUGGGUAAGCCCCGAGUGCCUGAAGGGUCAGUGGUACGACCAGACGAGUGAUGUCUUCUCGUUUGGCAUUAUACAAUGCGAGAUAAUAGCGCGCAUUGUCGCCGAUCCGGAUGUGAUGCCACGCACCGACGCAUUCGGCCUAGAUUAUUUAGCCUUCGCCGAGCUGUGCCCCAUGGAUACACCUGCUGUAUUUUUGAGAUUGGCAUUCUACUGUUGCAUCUAUGAAGCCAAAAGCCGACCGACUUUUCAUGAUGCUAUUAAAAAGCUGAAGCAAAUGUUGCAGGAAUAUGAAAAUGGCUGCAAUGGCGACUGCAGUGCAGCGUUGAAUUCAUCGAGCCCGCCGAAUUCACUUGAAUUAAAUGGAUCACUUAGCGGCAGUAGCAUGACAGCCAUGCAAGCUGGAAACCAAAAUCAAGCGGCGAGUCACAAGAACGGCUGCAUGCAACAAUGCUACUCAAGCAAUUCACUUCAAGAUGCUGGCUGCUGUAGCUGUCGCAAGAGCACUUCGUCGAAAGCGGCGCCGGUUGUUCAAACCGCACCUGCUGGGUCGUUGUCACCACGGCAUUACAACGAAUUAGAUGAGAGCGGCUUUCGUUUUCCUAAUGGCAAAGGCGGCGAUGGCACUGGCUGCAGCACAACGCCCUAUCAGACACCAAAUGGCUCGUCAGCGGAAUACAACGAAUUUGAGUAUCGUGUACUGGAGACUCGAGUGCGUCGUGUCACUAAAAAGCUCGAGGCCGAUCUGCAAUUACAGCAGCAUCGUCGCUCGUUUAGCGAAAACAUCAUUCACUUCCCCCUGCACACUACGCCCAGCGACAAAGCGCGCUGCCAUCAAAUGCAACGGCAGCGCUCAUCCACACACUCACCAACACCACCCGCACAGGCGCGCAUAAAUGGCGGAAGCGAGAAGGCAGCAUCGGUGCAGUCUAGUGUUGCCACCGUCACGGCCGACAUUACACAAACAGCGGCGGCUACGAAACAACAGCCGACGCCGCAAACCGCUGCACUGACUUUGCGCAAAGUGGCCGAGACAAUGUGUUUGAAGGACCCACACUACAAACCCAUCCGUUCCGAUCACAAUGGUGUGAAAAGCAAUCCAUUCACUACGCUGGCGCAAUUGCGUGGCGUCAAGAAGAUACUUGGCGCAAAUCCCAAAACUUACGCCGCCGGUGUUGGAGAUCUUUUCAGUUCAUGUUUUGAGAUGUCAGCACCGUUCUUCAAAGAGUUGGCGGCUGAGUUGGCUAAAAGCACAAACAAAACAGCGACGACAAGUGAAGUUGGCUGCGCUGUGGCUGCACGCUUGAGUGCUGGUGGCGUUGGUGGUGGUGGGCGUGGUUUGCCAUCGACACCUAACGAACCAAAGAGCUUACCCACAUCACCGCAGAUGGCACGCAAAUUGAGCGUUAUCGAGUUGAAAGCAGCACAUUGCAAUGGCGCAGCAGUGCCAACAGCAGACUCGCCCGUCGCAGAGGAGGACGACGAUUGUGACGAUUGCGCGUCCGAUGGUGAGCCUGAUGGCGAUGGCGGUGGGAACUGCGCCGAUGCUGAGUCGAGCAGCGAUGAUUCCGCCGAACCACGCGCUCUGCACCUGUCCACACCAGCUGCGCGAAAAUAUCGUGCCAACUCGCUUUUCACACAUCCACUCUUUUUGAGUAGUAGCGUCACAGGCAGCAGCAAUGGCAAUGCUAAUCUGGAUAAGUCUACGUCGACUGCUAUAAAUGCAACGGUGUCAACAGCAACGACCACCACGUGUGCGAUGGCGUCAUCGACUAUUACUGCUGAUGUGCCUGCAAACGCAAUGGACUCCACUUCUGAGGAUGGCUGUGAGCAACGCGAUUCACCAAAAAUAAAAGUCCCAGCAAAUAUUGUAGCAUCUGCAAGCGCGUCGUCAACGCCACCGCCACCGCCGCCAAUCACGUCGUUAGUAGCCACACCGGCAUCCGUUUCGUCAUGUACAGACUUUGAGCUGCAUGAAAUAAAACCCAGUGAUUUGCUGCCAAUUAAAGGUACACUCACGCGGCGCGAUUCCAUCGAGAGUGGAUUCUACUCAUGUUUCAACGAGGAAUCUGAUCCGGCAAUCACCAACUCAACCACAUAUCGGCAACUGAACUGCAGUGGCGGGGGCGGCAGUGGUGCCAUGCCCUUCGCGUGCGGCAGCAAUUGUUGCAUUGAGCAACUGAAAUCACAGCUGAUGCUCGAGGCGGGUUCCAACAAUGAAAUCAAUGAUAAAUUGGCCAAUCUGUGUCGUUGCUGUUACUACGCCUGCACUGGCUCGACAGCAGGCCUACAAGCACAACAAAACAAUAGCGGCCAACUCUUCACUGACUCUUCGUCAAACUCUUCCUCGGUAUUGCUGUUCGACCCUGAAAUUAACACGGUGAAUACCUCUUCAUCUGCAGCAUCCCUCUCGCACGAAGCGGCAGCGUUACGUUCCCUCGACGAUCUGGAACUGCCCGACAGCGGACGCCCGCACCACCGACGCUACACCUGUCAUCAUCAUCUCUUGGGUGCGACAAAUCUGCAUGACCCUAAUGCCACAGCCACGGCAGCGUCGACCACCUCCAUCGAUAUGGGCCUCAUGAAUCGUUUGGCACUGGACUCGGGCAUACAUUCGGUGCUGCAACGCAAUAAUUUUCCCGUCAACCAAUUGCUCUAUUGCAAAAAUCGCACCUCUUCCAUUUACACCGACAGUUCGGAUGACAUCAGCAGCUUGGCCGGCUCCGAUUCGUUGCUGUGGGAUGAUCGCUCCUUCACUGCUAUACCCAGCAAGCGAUCUGAGCAAAUCGCCACAAUUGUUGAGUAUUUCGAACGGAAGCGACAAGUACCUGAGAUGGCGCCGCCCAGCCGCAAUGCGUUUCUACGCAGCGGCAGCGGUACAACUACUAGUGCAGGCAGCACACACACAAGCACAUCGAACAGUUCCGCCUCGACGGCUGCCGCAGCCGCAAUGGCCGCUACCACAUAUGGUCUAAGCAAUUUGGGAUCGUACGAUAUGCGGCGCUAUACAGACUUCAAGCGACAUGCGACAAUAAAUACCGAUUACGAAGCAUUUUGUUUCGAUUUAGAUAAGAAACCGACACAGCAACGAUUGACAGUGUGCGAGGGAGCUGUCAAGUCAAAGCUGCAAAUAUUCGACAAACUUAAGCAACAACAACAACAACAGCAGCAGCAGCGUAUGCAGCAACAACAAACAACGACGUCAGCCUCAGCUCCAACGCAAGUCGCCAGCGGGGCGACGAAUGCAGCUUCGUCGAAGUGAGGGCUCAAGGCAGCAGAUAGCAGGCAGCAGGAACAAGUUAUAAGCAAGCAUACUGUAAAUUGAGUUUGAGAGCAGCAAUCAAUGAUUGUUGUGUUUUGUUUGUUUAUCUGCAAUUUCAUAACGCAUUUUUACAGUGAUUUCAUAGUUGUUAUUGAUUUGCGCACUGAUUUAAAGAGUUGUAAACAGCGGGGGUUAAUGUUUGGUUGCGUAAAUGAGAGGUUGCAGCUGCGUUUAGGUGGGAAGCGGAUUUGCGGCAAGUUAGCUUUGGCUAUAGGAAUUUAGUGAAAAUUAGAGAUUUACUUAGAUAGAAAGGCAGGCGGGAAAGUGAAGCCUUGAGAAUUAGGUUAUAAAAAAAAAAGAAAAUAAUGAAAAUCAAAUAAGAAAAAUGGAUAGAAAGAGUUGGAAAAAAAUGCACUUUAAGCAGUUUAAAUAAUUACCUAUGUAUACUACAUAUCUGAUUUGUUGUUGCUGAUGUAGCAACAUAAAAAAAUGUCUCAUAUAAAAUAAUUUUGGGAAAUACCUGCGAAAUGGCGGAUAUAAAUUCGUGCAGUUCCGUUUAAAACGUGCCGCCAAACUGUAAAUGAACUUUUUAUGCUUAAUUUUUUUUUUUUCAAAUUAUACAGUGAUUGCAAAAAAUCAUUUUAAUCAUGCAACUUUCUCAGCUAAAUGAAAAGUUUUUAUGCGAAAUAAUUAUUAACAAUCUGCAAUUCAAUUUCAGAAUAUUUUCAGAAAAGUUUAUGUUGAUCGCUUCCAAAACAGGAGUAUAACGAACUAAAAUUUCCGUUAAAUUUCAAUAAAACUUGCAGUAUAUUUUUCCAUGUCAAUGUCAAAUCUUAAAAUAAUGUUUAUAAAUUCGCAUUCUUUUUCGGUUCUAAAAGUUAGUUUACAGUAAAAAUUACGUCGUUCAUAUUUUCUCUAAAUCAACAAGCAGCUGUAACUUUCUACAGCCAGUAACUAACUCAAAGAAAGUUGAAAGAAAAAAACAAAACAAACAAAAAUGCCUUUUUGGCGUCAACCCUUCACAACUCUGUCACUUUUCAUUAUGUUUUAUAAACCCAUUUCCAUUUCAUAUCAUCAUUGCCGCAUCGAAGUCUUUUUUGUUGUUGUCAGCUUUUGUUCAGUUAUGUCAUAAAAUUAUUUGUUAGUUUGUAAAAAUGCGUCAACCCUGCGAGCAAAACAAGAAAAAAAUUAAGAAUAAUAAAAAAACAAAAAGAAAACCACUUAACAGUUACCACUUAAGUUCCCGCGCUAUACAAAUAUAAAAUAUCAGUAAUUUCAAUUGAAUAACUAUAUCUUCCUGUUCACAAUACAUAUAUCCAUAUAUAUAUAUAUACACAUUUAUAUGUAUAUACAUACAUACCCAAUUAUAAAUAUUGAAAUAUAAAAAAUAAAGUUUUAUACUCGUUAAGUGGAAACACACAAAUCAAUGAUUUAAUAAGGAUUGAUGGUGUAUGUAAAGGAGUAAAGAAAAAGGAGAAAAACAAGAGAAAAAAACAAACAAAAAAACAAUUGAAAGCCAAAAUAUUCUACUAACGUUUUAAGAAGCGAAGCUAAAUGAAAAGCUGGAGUAAACAAUUGUUGAGCAACUAUGUUUUAUUGAAAAUGAAUUAAAGAAGUAAUGAAGUAAUCAAUUAUUGAAGGAAUGCAGUAUUAACAAAAAAAAAAAAACAAAAAAAAAAUUAUAAAAAUAAAAUAAAAUAUAUAAAAAGAGA